AUGGAAAUGAAGUUCACAAUAACUCUAGUAUUGAUUUGUGCCUUAAGUACGGCUUAUGGCGGAGAAGAUACUAAGUCUGACAUUAAGAAACGGUUUGAUGGCAUCGCAGAGGUCUUAUGUAAUGAUAAACAACAGAUCAGUGACGACCAGUUGGCACAACUCGAGACCAAAUGCGGCUCUAAUAAUACCACUACUAGGGAUGAAUUGCUUAAACAAUGUCUAAAUGUUAAGGAGUUAACGGAUCGGCAAAAGGUUUUGUCACUUUGCGGGACACAAAAGGCUUGUAUUGUUGAUAAUUGGGUGAAGAAGUUUGAUAGCGUUAAGUCAGAAGAAUGUAAAAAGUUUUGCAAUAUGGGAGACAAAUAUAUUAAAAAAACACACAUUUAUCUCAACGAAUAUCGCAGUGUUUUUGGCUGUUUUUUGGGCAAAAUUAUGGCCAAUAAUAUCCGCACUUUACGGGCAAAGCGGGCCAUUCGUGUCAGUCGUUUGGGUACUUCCGGGGGCUCUUCGGCCGGUGGGCUAACCGUUGCGGUCGACUCCUCGAGAAAUGUUUUGUCGAUCACAUAA